UCGUGCUGCUCUCUCUGGUCUCGUGCUGCUCUCUCUGGUCUCGUGCUGCUCUCUCUGGUCUCGUGCUGCUCUCUCUGGUCUCGUGCUGCUCUCUCUGGUCUCGUGCUGCUCUCUCUGGUCUCGUGCUCUAUUCCUCCAUGACCAGCCGUUUGCUGGGCCGAUGUGCCCGUCUCCUCCCCAGGGCCACCCCCCAGGCCUCAGCCACCGCUGCCUUCCUGUCUACCCCUGCAGCUGGGCCAGCAGAGCCGCUGUGGGCCCAGGCCUGGCGGCAGCCUGUGGUCAGGGGGCUAUGUGAGGGCAGGAGUUUGGUCAAAGAGGAGUAUCCCAUCGAGCCCAAACGCACCCAGCUGGAUGAGCUCUUAGAGAGGGCCCAAUCUCCACAGGAUGUCCUGAAGGCGUGGGCGGCACAAGGAGGAAAGGCCAAUCAGGCGGCUAAGACUCUGGUUCAGCUUGUCAGAUUGGCUGGGAGAGAGAAAGGUGGGGCGAAAGUGGACCAAUUUGAGCUGCUGAAUGAUCCCAGACUGCUGGACAUAAUGGACACAGUUACUGCACAGGUAGCGUCAGUGUGGAAUGGUACGCUGGUCUCUCUGCUGCGCUCCCUCUCUACUCUGGGUGUUCCGCCUACAGCUGCAGUACAACGCUCCAUCCAGACAGAGGUGCUGUGGCGUGUACGCAGACUCUCCUACAAACAGCUGGCUUUCCUGGCAGACUGGGGAGCAGGGCGGAAUGGUCAGAUGGAGGUGUUGCUGGUGAGCGCAGCGCUGAAACAGCUGGAACUCCGCUGGACUGAGAUUGCUGACGCCAGAACAGUCAGUACCCUGAUGGCUAGGGCUGGACACCUCAGUCCUGCACUGAUGGACAGACUGGAGGAUAAGGCGUUAGAGCUAGCUGAAGGGUUUGGGGCGGAGGAUAUCCGCAGGGUGUGUGUGUCUCUGGCAUCUCAGGGACGCCGGUCAGUGCCUCUGCUCAGAGCUCUGUCCUACCACUUCCUACAGAAACCCUCAACAGACCUUACCACACCGCUACUGUUGGACCUCGCCUACGCAUAUGGGAAGUUGAAUUUCCACCACUCCCAGGUCUUCCAGCGAUUGGCAGCCGAGUUGUUACCCAGAAUGCCAGAGAUUAGUUCUGCCGAUGUCACUCGCUGCGCCAAAUCACUAGCCUUCCUCAAGUGGCUCCAUCUCCCAUUGUUUGAGGCAUUCGCUGAGCACUACAGUGUGAACAGUCAGAAGUACAGCACACUGCAGCUUUGUAACCUGCUCAUGUCAUUGGCCAGGCUCAACUUCCAGCCCAGCAAAGGGGAGGAGUUCUACAAAAAGGUCCACUCUGCCCUGGAGGGUGUUCUCCCCAGCCUGGAGGUGUUCCUGCAGACAGACGUGGUGUGGUCUCUGUGUGUGUUACAGCAGGUCAAGCCCCAGCACAUCACGGCCCUCACUCAACACACACAUGUUGCCAAACUCUCAGAAGGCAGUCUGUCUCGAGUGGAAAACUAUCGCCUGAAGCUCCUCCACAUCAUUGCUACCCUCCAGUUAGAACACCCAGAGUCUCUGUCCUCCACCCUGCCUACAGAGGCCAUGUUGAUUCCAUCCACCCUGGGCCGGAACUCCCCCCUCUCCCCUCUACAGACUGGGCUGAAGGGGGCCCUGGGUAAUCUGGUGGGGGGGAAAGCAGAGGCCCUACGUACCGGGGUCAACACUAUAUAUGGCUGGACCAUAGAUGGAGAGCUGGUGGUGGACAGUGAAAAUAAGCCAAUGGACCUGGUGACCCUGACGGCCCCUCACCUACUUGGAGGAGGCGGAGCCAAGUCCUUACCUGAGGGUGCAUGCAGGUUAGCAUUCCUGACCUGGGAGUUUCCUAACUAUGGCUCCAGGAGUAAAGAUCUGCUGGGACGAUUCACCAUGAUGAGACGGCAUCUCAAACUGGCUGGCUUUAUCCUUGUAGAGGUGCCAUACUAUGAGUGGCUGGAGCUCAAGUCUGAUUGGCAGAAAGGGGCGUAUGUGAAGGAUAAGAUGGGGAAGGCCAUUGCUGAGGAAAUGGCGAAGUGAACGAGGCCAAACAGCAGAAGUCUGGUUCAGUUCUAGACUCAACUGGACUGGAAAGAGGAGAGCCAGGAUGCCAAGGAUGGCUCACCAGAAACAAUCUGGUCUCAAACAACUCUGAACAGCAACCACACACACACACACACACACUAAUCAACCCACUCUAAAACAAGCCGCUUGGUGGAAAAUCUCUUUUGUUGUUUUAUCUUUGGUUGCCUUGCCGAUGCGUGGGGCUAUCCUUGUUACCAUGGAGACGCCCCCUGAGAGUUCUGUAUGCUGAAGAGAGCAGAGGGAGAAAGAGAGAGUGGGCCCUACAGCAGAAAGCAAGGGAGGAAAGACCUCUGUUGCUAAGGAUAUGUGUCCCUAAGUGACACUCAGAGAGAAUAGAGAGCAGCAUCAUAGAAUAAAUGCCCCAAUGAAUGUUAAAAGCUGUGUAUCACCUGUGAAUAGAGUGGUCUAAUUAAAUUAUCAAUAUGAGCUUUGAGUGAUAUGAUUGAAAGAAUUAUUUUACGCUUUAAUUUUGAUAUACAUGUUCCACACACUGUCUUCCAUGUUGGCACUGAUGUUCCUUGACUAACAUUGGCUGUAGAUGAGAGCAUCAAAUCUGUGAUCCAUUGUGGGUCAGUUGUGACUGACUGAUCUACAAAUAACAAUUAAGUCAUUAUUUAUGAUGCAAGGUUAUUUGUAGAUCAGUCAGACACCAUCCGCCUGCAAUGUGGAACAUAUAUGGCUCUGGUAGGUCUUGACUUCCCUCACAGUGUGUUUAGAGAGGACAUUGGGUUGGAUGAGCUUCUAUGGUAUCAUUGGCAUCCUGAUGGAGGUGUGAUAUUCAGCCUGAGGAUGCUUCUCUUCACAAGUUACAGCUAAUAAUAGGUAUGUAUUAUCAAACAUCAUGGGUGUGUGUGUUGUGGGGGGGGUGAAUGUAUCCAAGAGGGAUCGGCUCACACACAGCUGUUGAUGUUGUCUGUGCCGUACAGUGCCUUCAGAAAGUAUUCAUACCCCUUGACUUAAUUGACAUUUUGUUGUUACAGCCUGACUUCAAUAAAACAAUGUUUACCCAUCUA